UUCGGCGCGCACAUACACCACGUAGGCUCCUAGGUACCGUGUUGCCGAGAUCUGCCCGGAUGUCGACCGCCGCGCUUCGGCCUCUCGAACCCAAACUUACCUGUACUUGACCCUCAAUCGUUCUUUCCUGCUGCGAAAACAUCUGGCUGAACACGGGCCGAAGCACGUGACCGCCAGCCCCGUCCGCAUUAUCAUUGCUUACAGCAAGCACUCUCGCAUCCCGUCCUCUCUUUAGCCCGCCAUCACCAUACAUACAACCACCUUCCACACCCAUCCCCUUCUACAUCCUGUCUCACCACCGCUGUCUACUCCGCCGAGCCAUCAGCCUUUCUUUCCACCCUCUCAGACCACGGCCCCCAACUUCCGUUGCGCCGCCACCGGGGGGGACCAGGAUCCUCACACGACACCGAGUCACAAUCCGCAAUCUCCUUCCUCUCAAUCAGCCUCCGUCACCUCCGCCGCGGACAAUGGCUACCGAUAUGUUAACUUUGAGCGAGUAUGAAUUCCCCACGGCCCGCCUGCGCCGACGAAUCGAAAGCAGCGAUCGCACGCCCCUCGUCCUCAUUGCAUGCGGCUCCUUCAGCCCCAUCACCUUCCUCCACCUCCGCAUGUUCGAAAUGGCCGCCGACUACGCCCGUUUCAACACCUCCUUCGAAGUCGUCGGCGCCUACUUGUCCUGCGUCGGCGAUGCCUACAAGAAGACCGGGCUGGUGAAGGCCGAGCAUCGGAUCAACAUGUGCCAGUUGGCCAUAGCGCAGAGCUCAUGGAUCAGUGUCGAUCCGUGGGAGGCGCUGCAUUCGCAAUACCUGGAAACGGCAAAGGUUCUGGACCAUUUCUCGGAGGAGAUCAAUGGCGUGCUGGGAGGCGUAGAGACUCCAGUGGGGAAGAAGCAGUGCCGUAUCGCGCUGCUGGCGGGAGCGGACUUGAUACAGACGAUGAGUACUCCCGGGGUGUGGGCACAGUCGGAUAUCGACUACAUUUUGAGGAAUUUCGGGGCCUUUAUUGUUGAGCGGACCGGAACCGAUAUAGACGAAGCCCUGUCGACACUUCUGCCCUGGAAGGACAACAUCUGGGUCAUCCAGCAACUUGUCCAAAACGACAUCUCGUCCACCAAGAUCCGUCUGUUCCGUCGUCGAGACAUGUCGAUCAGGUACCUGGUCCCCGAACCUGUGGUUGGAUAUAUCGAAGAGCACGGGCUGUAUGACGAGGAUGGGGCGGCGAGUGCCAAUAGCACCCCGAGUAAUGGAAGCACCAAGGGAAAGGGCAAGGCAUAGGAGGGUCUUUGCGAUCAUGAGUGACGAUUAUUUGGACAGGGCGCUCACUCCAUGUGAUGUUUGUGAGUGGCGUCGAGGCGUUUCUAGGAGGCGUUGGGCGGCAUGCGUGGACAGCGAGCAACAACUCGGGUUGAGUGAUUCUUCAAGAGUCUGAUAUUGCUUUGCGGGCAGUCGACGCAAAGACGCGUGCGACCGCGCUGCUUCGUUCUUCUUCAACCUCCAGCAGCGUGCAAUACACUCUUCGAUUGUUCACUCGACCCGGACCCUGACUGCCCGGCAAGCACGCGUACGGGGUUUCCGUCAGUGUUUUAGGAGGCUCGAGAGCUCGUCCGGCACUACGAGUGAUUUGGACAGCAGUUUCAUUGAUACAAAAUGAGAGAAGCACGGUGUGAGCAC